UAUUUUUAUAUGCCCACUGCUCGAGUGCUUUGCUUGACUUGGCUUUAGCAGCCUGCCAGCCUAGCAGGAUAGGAGAAUUUUACGUUCUCAAACUGAAAAGUCUUCAUAUCUGCACGCCUGCAUACCAAAAAAACUGCACCUACUCCCUCAGUCUCCUACAAACAACUCAAAGCCUGAAUAAUGGGGGACGCCAACGGCGGCAGUAUGCACGUCGUGCUGCUGCCAUGGCUGGCGUUCGGCCACAUCCUCCCCUUCACGGAGCUCGCCAAGCGCAUAGCUCGGCAGGGCCACCGGGUCACGCUCUUCUCCACGCCAAGAAACACCCGGCGGUUAAUCCGCAUCCCUCCAGAACUCGCGGGGCAAAUCCGCGUCGUGGACAUCGCACUGCCGCGCGUGGAGCGCCUGCCGGAGGACGCCGAGGCGAGCAUCGACCUCCCGUCCGACGACCUCCGCCCGUACCUCCGCGUAGCCUACGACGCCGCCUUUGCCGACAACCUCUCGGCCAUCCUGCAGGAGCCGGGGCCGGAGCGGCCCGACUGGGUGGUCAUCGACUACGCCGCGUACUGGGCGCCCGCGGCCGCGGCGAGGCACGGCGUGCCGUGCGCGUUCCUGAGCCUGUUCGGCGCCGCGACGCUCAGUUUCUAUGGCCCCCCCGAGGGGCUCAUGGGACGCGGCAAGUACGCCAGGACGAAGCCGGAGGACCUCACCGUGGUGCCUGACUACGUGCCGUUCCCGACCACCGUCGCGCACCGCGUCUUCGAGGCGCGCGAGUUGUUCAACGGCUUGGUUCCGGACGACUCCGGCGUGUCGGAAGGCCACCGGUUCGCCGUGUCCAUCGGAGAGAGCCAGGUCGUAGGCAUCCGGAGCAGACCGGAGUUUGAGUCGGAGUGGUUGCAGGUGCUUGACAAGCUCUACCAGAAGCCGGUGAUCCCGGUCGGCCUGUUCCCUCCGCCGCCGACACAAGACAUCGCCGGCCACGAGGCGACUUUGCGGUGGCUGGACAGACAGGCUCGGGGAUCCGUCGUGUACGCGGCCUUCGGCAGCGAGGCGAAGCUGACAAGCGCGCAGCUCCAAACAAUCGCGCUGGGUUUGGAGGCGUCCGGCCUGCCAUUCAUCUGGGCGUUCAGGCCGCCAGCCGACGGCGACGCCGAACCCGGACAAGGCACAGGCGGGUUGCCGGAAGGCUUCGAGGAGCGUGUCAAUGGCCGGGGAUUGGUCUGCCGCGGCUGGGUGCCUCAACCCAGGCUGCUGGCCCAUGAAUCGGUUGGUGGGUUUCUGACCCACGCCGGCUGGAACUCCAUCUCCGAGGGCCUCUCGCGGGGCGUCAGGAUGGUGCUGCUGCCGCUGAUGUUCGAUCAGGGCCUCAACGCCAGGCUUCUUGUGGAGAAGAAGAUCGGCAUCGAGGUGGAGAGGGACGAAGACGACGGCACGUUCGCUCCCAAAGACAUCGCGGAUGCUCUGAGGACGGCCAUGGCGGAGAACCAAGGCGGGACUAGGGUCAAGGAACUGGCCGAGGUGUUUGGAAAUGAUGAGGCGAAUGAUCAGUGCCUGCGAGAUUUCCUCCGGUAUCUGUCGGAAUACAGCAGGCAACAUCAAGGGUAGCUCACUAAGUUCCAUUCCAUUUCGAGGCUAGUAAUGUUGGUGCAGAAAAGGGCAAAGAAAUGGAAGCGAGCCAUGCUAUCGAAAAAAAAUGCUAAUAAACAAUAUUCAACGUUAAUAAAAUAUAAAAAUUUCCA